AUGUCCGGAACCUCCCUAUGCCCUGACCAACCUUCCGAACCUCAAGCCCACUCCAACUGGGUCCAGAAUGACGAGCGCGCGUGCGCUCUUAUCUACGACACGAUUGAACCCAGCGAACGGCUAGCAGUCGGCAAAUUUCCCAAGGGGGCAAAGGAUUUUUGGAAGGCUCUUCAGCAGCGUCACAAGAAGGCUGGCCCUGUCUCGCAAGUCUACCUCAUCAAGGAUGCGCUGGGAAAACGUGCGAGCGUUGGGGACGAAGGCAUGGCAGGGAAGACGAUAACCGAAUCUAAGGCACAACGCAUGAAGGAUCGGGAAGCAAAGAACCCCAAACCAACAACCUCCACCUCCACCACCCCCACAAUGAUCACCCGGACGGUCAAAGACGAGUCCACGGGUGCCAUGUACCUCGUCUGCAUGCCCGAAGAUGCCAAGCCCGUCCAAACCCACGCCCUCAUCGGUGUUAGCUCGCAAACACACAUGUGUACCGACAACAUUGACACCAUGGUGUACUCUACGGACGACUUAGAGCGAGGGGAGGCAGUGUGGGGUUAUUCAUCGGCCUUUAUGGCCAUUGCUGGCACUACUGGCACGUCACCCCCACCUCACCCUGACCACACCAACUUACCGCCUGCUGAGCACAUCCGUGACUGGUCUACUGACAACAGAUGCUUCCGCGCCAGCGUCAACUGGAACAUUGCCAGCCGUCAAGUUGACAUCGCAGCCAUCGUCAUCGAGCCGCUCCACCAAUCCCAGUCCACCCCCAUCUCCACUGACACCUGCCCAUUUUACGUCGACACUGGAGCCACAGCGCACAUCUCGCCUGACCGUACCGACUUCAUCACCCUUCGCCCCAUCUCAGCACACACGAUCAAGGGUGUUGGCGGUUCAUUCAUCACUGCCAUUGCUAACAGUGCCAAUGCCCAGGAGGAUGCUGCCAUCAAGGAACUUUGCGACGCCUUCAACAAAAUUGGCAUUGACGCUCAUCAAAACCUUGGUUCCGAGGAGAUAAAAGAUCGAAUCCUAGCAGCAAUCACAGAACACACGAUCAUCAAUCCGAGGAAUGUUGAGUUCGCAGAUGACCCAAAGGACUGGCAUGAAGCCCAAUCAUCCCCUCACGCUUCACAAUGGGAGGCAGCGUACCACGACGAACUGAAGUCCCUCAAAGACUGUGGCGUUUACACCCUCGUACCUCGCCAAUCCGUCCCAACAGGCACAAAAGUCCGAAAAUGUCGACCCAUCUUCAAAAUCAAACGGAACGAGGACGGACAAAUCGACCGCUUCAAAAUUGACGUAAAAACUGCCUUCUUGUACGGCCUUCUCCCUGAUGAUGAAACCCAAUAUAUGGAACAACCAGAAGGAUUUGAGGAGCCAGAGAAGAAGGAUUGGGUCUGGAAAUUGCAGCGAGGGCUAUACGGUAUGAAGCAAAGUGGGCGCAUUUGGAACCAGACAAUGAACGACGCGAUGAUCGGGUGGGGCUUCACCAAGCUAACGAGCGAGCCGUGCAUUUACUAUCGAAAGACCGACACCGACUCCACAUGCGAAAACGAUACCUUCGAGAUACAAAUGCAGGGCUUAUGGGAAAUUUCGAGCAGACCAGUAAAGUUCUGUACUGCACUAAUUGACAAGGUCGUCUCGCAGUUCGGUCAAUCCGACGCCCAUCCAAUCUCGACCCCCAUGGACCCUGGCCUAAAACUCUGUCGCCCUGACCCCAAAGACAUCACACCGACCGAACGCACUCAGCUCAACAAACUUCCCUACCGCUCCUUAGUAGGAUGUCUCAUCUACCUAGCCAUUGGCACUCGCCCCGACAUAUCAUACGCUGUCCAACAAUUGUCUCAAUUCCUCAACUGCUACACGUACGCACACUGGACCGCUGCUACACGCGUAGUAAGGUACCUUAAGGGAACACGAUCUCUAGCUCUUCGCCUCGGAGGAAAAGGCUCCAUUCGACUCCUCGGCUUCACCGAUUCCGAUUGGGCAAACUGCUUAGACACUCGUCGAAGCGUCGGUGGAUAUGGGUUCACACUCGGGUCCGGGGUAAUUUCGUGGACCUCCAAGAAACAAUCCACGAUUGCCACUUCUACGUGCCAAGCAGAAUAUAUGGCAGCCUUCGACGCAUCGAAGGAAGCCAUGUUCCUACGCAACCUUCUCUCCGAAGUCAACUUUGCACCCAACCAACCCACAACUAUCCUCUGUGAUAACAAUGCCGCUAUCAUCAUUUCCGAGGACCCUCUCCAUCACAACCGCACCAAACACUUCGACAUUCGCUAUCACUACCUACGGGAACAUGUUCAGACACACGACAUUUCCUUGGCAUAUAUCAAUACUAAAGACAACCUCGCCGACAUCUUCACAAAAGCGUUACCUACCCAACAAUUCAUUCGCCUGCGCUCUUUCCUCGGUCUGGUUUGA